UACGUUUCACGUGUGACGCAGACGUCGCAGUGUAACGUCGCUCGGUUGGACUGAAGGUUCCAGUGAGCUGGCUAACACUGAUGUGACCAAAACGGAGCGGAACCUUGAACUCGUCUAAUUUCUUCAAAAUGCGCUGGUUUGAGGGAUCUAUCCCUGCGGCCAUCGUCUCAGCCAAACAGCAGAACUCCAUAUUUCUCGUCGUCAUAACAGGAGAUGAUGAGCAGUCGUCCCACUUGAUGUCCAGCUGGGAGGACCAGAGGGUGUCUGACGCUACCAGCAACUGCUUUGUUGCUAUAAAAAUAGAUGCCAAGAGUGAAACCUGUGUUCAGUUUUCCCAGAUAUAUCCAGUCGUGUGUAUCCCAUCCAGUUUCUUCAUUGGAGAGAAUGGAAUUCCACUGGAGGUGAUCGCUGGCAGUGUCUCUGCUGAGGAGCUUGUGAAGCGGAUUGCCAAAGUAAAACAGAUGCAUGCUCAUCAGAUGGGUGCACCAGAGGGUGCUCGGGGCGAGAACGGGUCAGCGUCAGGCAUAGCCUCGCCUCAGCCUGCUCAAAAGGCCACACCCCCUCAGGAGGUCACACCCAGUCACGUGCCACUCAGUACUACAGCUGAGGAAAGCUCUGCCACUCCAGCUGUUUCAAAAGAGUCACUGUCAAGGCCAGCAGAGGAUGGAAGCCCCUCUGGCUAUGUGACCCCGGCCGAGGACCAGAGCCUAUCUUCAGAUGACGUAUCACUGAGCUCCCAGUCAGAUGAGGGCCUGAAUGCAAAGGUGGAGAGGUUAACAAAGAAACUGGAGGAACGGCGGGAACAGAGAAGAAAAGGAGACGAGGAGAAUGAGAUAAAGAAGGAGGUGGAGCGGAGAAAGCUGGGCAAGGAGAUGCUGGAAUACAAGAGGAGGCAGGAGGGGGAAAGGACCAAGCGCAUGCUGGAAGAGAGGAACCGAGAGAAGGCAGAGGAGCGUGCAGCCAGGGAACGCAUCAAGCAACAAAUAGCUCUGGACCGGGCCGAUCGGGCAGCUCGCUACGCCAAAAACAUGGAGGAGGUGGAGGCAGCUAAGGUGGGAGUGCUGCAGGCCAGGAGGAUGGAGCUUGAGGCAAAAAAGGAGGCAUCACAGAGGGACAGGAGCACAGUGGCCAGGAUACAGUUCCGCCUCCCAGAUGGCUCCUUCUUCACCAACCAGUUCCCUUCUGAAACAAAGCUGUAUGAGGCCAGACAGUUUGCAGCCCAGGAAGUUGGAAAUAGGUACGGCAAUUUCUCCUUGGCCACCAUGUUCCCCAGGAGGGAGUUCUCGGGGGAGGACCUGGGCAAGACCCUUCUGGAGCUUGAGUUGGCUCCUAGUGCUUCCAUUGUGCUGCUUCCUCAGACAGGCCGGCCCACCAACACAGUGGUACAGUCCUCGGGAGAUGGAUUCUGGGCAGUGUUGAGCACUAUCUUCUACCCCCUCCUGGCUGUGUGGAGGUUCAUCAGCAGCUUCCUGUUCUCCACCACACCACCACCUAGCACUGCCUCCAGGAGUGCAACCCCACGCCCUGCCUCUGCUUCUACUGGUGAAUCAAAGAGAGAAUCAAUUCGUAAACGAGUUCUGGAAAAACGAGCAGAGGAUUUCAAAAAGGAUGGUAACAUCUACAGACUAAGGACUCAAGAAGACAGCGAGGAUGACAACAACACUUGGAACGGAAAUUCAACUCAGCAGAUGUAGUCUGCUGCCUUCCACUGCUGUGCAAUAACCUUUCUUCUCCUUUCUCUUUCGUCAUCUUAUUGGUGGAUUCCACUGAUUGGCGACUACAAGCCCGCCUCUGCUCGUUCCCUGCAUGGGUAAACGUAAUCAAAUUUUGUCCCUCCGGCUUAAACAGCAAAUCCAUAUUUCUCCAUCGUUUGAUGUUUGUCGGACUGAGUCCCUUCUGGCCGGCUUAAGUGUCACCACUGGGUAUCUGGAAACUGGUGUUGGGUGUAACUGCCGAUCAAAGUGCUCGACUGGCCACAUGACCCCAUUAACAUGUUACAAGAACAUGGUUUGUAGUUCAGCCUGAGAAUGUUUUAUUUAAUAAAGUAACAGGAAAACUUAAAAGAUUGGAAAGGCUCACAGUUUGUUUUAUAUUGAGGUUUUGUUCCCCUGAUAUGUACAGUCUGCCUUGGCAGCAUAAUGUAUUUCUUCUAGUUGACAAUAAGAAUACUUUGCAGCACUCAUUUAAUAACAAGAAUAAAAUGUUUUUCAACAAGUGACUAUGAGCUGACAUCCUCUCUUUCUUUAACAUCCGAGGACUGAAAAGUUGAGACUACCUGUCAUUGCGCAUCUGAAGAUCCCUUGGGAUUGGGCACCUUC